GCAAACACCCUGUCUCAAAAGAGUGAUCAGCUGAGAGUAAUAGAGAGUGAUUUGUGAGAGUGAGAAGACUGGGGGUGAAAAGGACAUGUAGAACUAGAAAGGAGAAGCCUAUGAGGAAAGUAUGUGCAGUAUUUGACUGCAAUUUUGAGUCUCCAUGUGAGCUGGAAUAUUCCCUUUCCUCGAAAGAUCGGGAAAGCCCCAACAAAGCCUGGCUGAGAGUGAGCGCGGAGGAUAUCUUACAGCUAAACAUCCCGGAUGGACCAGAGAGGGAUCACUCUGAGAAUACACCAAAAGGUUCUUUCCUGUUCCUUAAUGCGUCUGAGAGCCCUGUCAUCCUGAGCCCUUGGCUGAGAAGCAGCAGCGACCAAUGCGUAGUUCAAGUGGCUGUUUAUAAGUUCUUCCAGCAAAGUGGAGAAUAUAUUGUUCGGAUCCUUCCUAUUGAUGAAAGUAGCAGUGAAAUUUUGUCAGAGCAGAAUCCAGAAAAACGUGGAUGGGUGCUGCUUCAAAGAAGAGUUGGACAUAUAGAGAAACCAUUUCGGAUCUCAUUGGAGUACAUAGCUAAUGGGAACAAGAGCAUGGCAGCUGUGGAUUCCUUUGCAAUGAAGAACUGCACUACAGGAUCUGCUUCUGUCUCAAAAAUGGCUCUGGAAGGUUCCUUCAGCUGCUGGAAUGGCACAUCAAUCAGGCUGGGCCAGGCGUGUGACUUCAUCAGAGACUGCACUCAGGGAGAAGAUGAGGGAGCUAUAUGCAGAAAACUUCCCUCUGGCUUUUACUGUUCAUUUGAAGAAGGGGACUGUGGCUGGAUGGAGAGCUCAUCUGUGUCCCGUGCUUCUCCGUGGAGAAUCGGGAGCCCAGAGUACAACCGUUUUCCUUCAGUAGUAGAUUAUGCACUGAUCCUUGACACCAGCAAAGUACCAGCAGGAGCAGAUACUGUAAUGACCAGCACUACAUUUCCAACCCCUUUGAGGAACUCUCCCUGUGAGUUUGAGUUAUACCGAGGAAUUAAUUACUUUAAUCUCAACACGAGGAACAUUCUCUGCUGCAGUAGUGUUUACUAUGCUGGGGGGCUCUCUUAUCUGGCCAAAAUGUCCAUGGAACCAGGACUCGAUUCUGAUAAGGAAACAGUCAAGCAGUCCAUGGUGGGUCCCAGCUACAAAGGGUUUGAGACCUGA